UUUUUUUUUUUCUUUUUUCCUUCCUAUCUUUUUUCUUUUUCCUUUUCCUUUUUCCUUUCUAAAAUAAAUUAUGGCCAGUGAUGACCUCUGAUGAAACAAAACAAAAACGAAAUCGACCUUGUGAAAAUUGUCGAGCUCAUAGACGACGAUGUAUACCAACUCAAACACCUCAAUGUGAACGAUGUACCAAAAAGAAAUUAUCAUGUAUUUACAAGUUUACUGUUAAACCAACAAUGAUCAAAAAUGUUGUUCCAGCUUCAAAACGUAUGCGUCUAUUGGAUCAGGUGCGAGAUAUGGAAGAAACUAUGGAUGCUCUGGAAGACCAAGUUCAUUUGAUACUCGCUUAUAACAAUGAUGAAUCACCAAAACAACUGGAUAAUACUGAAAAUACAAUACACCACUCUGAAUCAAUAUCACCUCUGAAUGAAGAAGAAUGGACAGUAACUAUUCAACCAACCAAACAUGGAAUUCAAUUACAAACAUCUGUUCACACUGUUAGCGAACUUGUUCAGUUUUUAACUCAAAGUGUAGGAUGCUUCUCAACACCACAACGAACACCUAACUAUUAUUCCAAUCAUUCUCAACAAACAAUGAAAGUGACUUUAAAAAUGCUUCAAGUAGAAGAAAGUCUUCGACAGAUAUUUAGCAAGAUACCAGCUCAAAAGCAAUUCAAUCAUAGUCAGCUUGUCAUCAACGAUUCAACAUUUUAUGAUCAUACCCGACGUGCAUCUGUCCUUUAUCUCGUUGAUAGUUUUUUCAACUGUGUGCGCAAUAUGAUACCCAUUGUGGCUCCUUAUUAUCACCCUCUUAUUAUCAAGCAACCGGAUUCAACGCUGGCGUACUCCUUGGCAUGCUUUACUGCACUUUCUACUUGCGUGAUUCAUGUGGAUGAAAAGACGUUACCUUGUCAUCGAUCUGAUUUUGGGAUUUAUCUCUAUCAAGCCGCCCAUGAAAAGCUUCGCGAUGAUGUGUUUGAUGAACCACAUUCGAUAGAAACAAUCAUUGCUCUAUUGACCAUGUCUCAAGCGUCCAUGAUUAUAUUACGAAAUGAUGAUACUCGACUAUACAUCCAUUUGGCUUGGCAAAUGUUGCUUGCCAUGCGUGAUGAUUGUACGGCUAUUCUACGAAAAUUUGAAGCAACAUCAGCUACAUCUCCUACAACUCCUGAAUUGGCACGUGCAGAAACUUGGAGACGACUGUUCUAUGGUGUACGGUAUAUGCUCAUCCAUGUUCGUAUAGUUCAAGCGGAUACUGUGGAUUUCGGAUCGUUCUUGAAAGAAAGCAAUAUUGGCUAUCCUCGACCACUCUUUUGUGAAAUGGAGAAUCAACGAAGAAAACGAAUGGUGGAAGUUUAUAACUUAUUUGUACGACUGGAUGACUGUUAUAUCUCAAGCAAUGUGGAUGCAAUGGGUUAUCGAUUAUUUGCUGGUGAACUAGACAAGGUACGCUUGUAUGAUGUUUCUUAUAUAGAACAUCGACUCUUCUCGUUCUGGCAAAGUUUACCUAGUGAUUUUCGACUUACCACAACACCUAUGGAAUAUUUGGAUCCUGCCUCGAUUUAUACUUGUCAAGAUCUUCAUAUCUUAUAUCUCAAUCAGAUGUAUUAUAGUCAGUGGUUGACAUUGGAAACUCGGUUGAUGCAAACACCUUGUACAGCAGAUUUGAAAGAUACCACUUGGAUACGACUAGAUGGUGGACGGGCUCUAUUGAUUGUUUCUGUAUGUGCGGACACAUUGACACAUAUAUUUCAAGUCUUACAUCAAAAUGAAUCCUGUAUGCUUGAGCUUCAUUGGUUAUUAGUCACUACAGAUGCUUUAAGAAUGCUCACCAAAGCUGCCAAUACUUCUGUUCGGAAUCGAGCGCAAUACAAUCUACGAAUCUGUUUGUCCGUUCUCAUGUCUCAAUUACAACCUAAACCUCAAUAUUAUACAACAUCUCCAUCACCAUCUAUUUCUUCGACAGGUCGUUCUUCUUUUACCAAUAUGAAUCAUGGAUUAUCACCGGGUAAUUCUUCAACAAGUACUAUUAGUGAUAGUUUGGAUGAAGUGGAUGAACAAGAGGAUUGGAAUCAUCAUGAUCAGGCUUCCUCUCUUGAUCUAUCUACUGAUCUAUCUCCUAUGGUAGUUUAUUAUGGUGAAAUCAAGAAAAGCUUGGAAUCUUAUUUUAGUGAUGAUAUAGCGUAGUUUAUUUAUUAUUUAUUUUUAUUUAGUAUUGUAGUUAUUGUUUGAUAUAUAUCCUUUUCUUUUUUUUUUAUACUUGAUUUCCUUUUUCUUUUUUUUGUAAAUAGUGUCAAAAUAAAAUGAAAUUUUUUCUUACUUUCAAU